AUGACUGGCCGUAAAAGAAACGUAGCACAAAGUGCUGCUGCUGAAAGAGAUGAAGCCUACGAAACAUUCAGAACACGUGAGAAAAAGAGGCAGGAAGAGUCCGAGACAGCUCGUAAAGUUGAAGAACUCCGGGAAGAAAACGAGAAAUUAGAGCGACAGGUGGAAUCCUUACAAAAAGAGUUGUCGUUCCUGAAGGAAAUGUUUGUUGCCUAUGCAAAUGGCAAUCGGAAGCAGAGCGAUGCCCCAACAACUUCGAAUCCACAGUGA